AUGUUCCGCCUUGCGUCUCUCCGUCUCAGCACUGCCGCCACUGCCGCUCUGCGCACUAGCGUCGCUGUGCCCCGCCAAACUGCGAUCAGCGCCAAGUUUGUCAUGCCCUCCAUGACUCGCUGGUACUCUGCUGGUGGAGCUCUGUCUCGCGAUGACAUUCAGAGCCGUAUUUUCCAGGUUCUGCAGGAUUUCGACAAGGUUAACCAGGAGAAGAUGUCGGCGGUGGCUGAUUUCAACAAGGACCUGGGUCUGGAUAGCCUGGAUACUGUAGAGGUUGUUAUGGCGAUUGAGGAGGAGUUCUCGGUGGAGAUUCCCGAUGAUGAGGCUGAUAAGAUCACCAGCGUGAAGGAGGCUAUUGACUAUAUCUCCCACCGCGAGGACGCUCACUAA